AAAAUCCACUUUCUGAUGGGGAUAAUUAAAAAAAAAAAAAGAGAAAACUCAUCUCACUGCACCUCAACUAAUCUGUAAAAGAGAAAACUCAUCUCACUGCACCUCAACUAAUCUGUAAAAGAGAAAACUCAUCUCACUGCAUCUCUACUAAUCUGUAAAAGAGCAACCCCAACUUGUAGCUCACUUCGUGCAAACGAAAUGGGAGGAGACGAACAGGAUGACGAGGUGGGAAAGACAAAGAUGAAUGACCCCCAUGAUGGUGAAAAGAGGCAACAUGAGGAGGACGCCCUUUUCGACGAUAUAAUCCCACAGAGGGAUUAUAGGCGGAUAGGCACAAACGUAAUAAAUGAGAAAAUGCUAAUCGAAGAAAUAAGCAAAAGUGGGGAGACCCCUGGGGGGAGGAACCUCACUGAGGAGUUUAACCAUGCCAAGGUGUUGUCCCUCGAAAACAGGAAGAUUCUCCUCAUACAGAAUAUCGACCUUUUUAGGAGCCUGGAGGAACUGCGCCUGGACAACAACCUCAUCGAGGAAAUCGAAAAUCUGGAAGGACUCUCCAAUCUCAAAACAUUAAGCCUAUCCAACAACAAAAUAAAAGAAAUAAAAAAUCUCAGUCAGUUAACAAAACUGUCAGAACUAAACCUACACAAUAACCUAAUAGAAAAAAUAGAAAACCUAGACAAUAACGUAGAAUUAAAAAUCCUAAUUCUAAGUAAAAAUAGAAUAAAGAACAUGGAGAAUGUAACUUAUCUGAGGGUUUUAAGAAAAUUAAAAUUUCUCAACUUGAUGGAUAAUCCGAUAUGCCUAGAGGAGAACCUCGUUCCCCAAGUGGGUUCUACUUUGUCUACUCUGAAAUAUUUUAACAACGUGUUGUUGACGCAGGAGAGUAGAUGUACACGAGGCUUUCCUUCUCAUUUGCCAAAGGGCUACCAAGGUGGGGAUCCCCCUGUGGAAAGGACCACCCAGGAGAGGGACUCCAACCAUUGUGACAAUUACGAAAAGAAAAUCGGCGAAGCGUAUUUGUCUAAUAUUACCACGCUGGAUGAGGCCCUCUUUGACAGAAAAAAGGAGCCUUCUGUUUUCCUCAAAAUUGGUUACUACUCCAAGGUUAAGGAGGACUUUCUGCGCGACGUCCGCCUGAUGAGUUCCACCCUGAUAGACCAAAUCCUCCAGUUGAACGAAGAGCGCAGCAAAUGCUCUCGCACUUUCGAAAGCGACGUGGAGAGCUUCACCUCGCAGUACAUGAAGAACAACAUUGCGGCGUUCAACCAGCUGCGGAAGAGGUCCAAGCGGGUGGUGCGUGCCCUGCUCGCCUUCCUGGGUUGCGAAAGGGAUCCCCCCCAUGUGGAGCUGAGGAAAUGCCCAGACACUAAUAUAAAAAGGACCCAACCAAGUGACCACAAAAUGCUUAACGAUACGAUUAUGAGAAAAGUUCAAAACGUUUAUGCAGAUUUUCGUUUCAAGCGAGACAAUGAUGAGGAGCUCCCCCAAGAGGAUCACACCCAAGAGGAUCAAACCCAAGAGGAUCACACCCAAGAGGAUCACACCCAAGGGGAUCACACCCAAGGGGUGGGAGCCUCCGAACCACCUUCUGACAACCCCCAGGGGAAGGAACCAAAUGAGAGUAACGCCCUCCUCCUUGAGGGAGAAAAAUACAACAUUAUAAAAAAGUAUAUACAAAAAAAUAUGGAGGAGAAUUUCCUGUUCAGGGAUAAGUUAAUAAACGAAGAGCUAGCCAACAUGGUUUCUAUUAAUAAUUUUCUUGAAUGCUUCAAAAGGGAGAUUUCAAAAAUGAUAAAACUUAUUAAUGAUCAUAUUUCGGAUUACUUCCGUAAGUUGGAGGAAUUGGAGGAAAAUUUUAACUCCAGAAUUAUUAACUUUUUUGCCGAGGUGAAGAACAACGAGCAUCCCUCCGUCAGCCUCAGCGAAGACGAAAUAAACGAGUACUACGCAUACAAAGGCAGCCGCUCAAACAUUCUGAAUAACCUGGAGGACUUCAUCUCCAGCAGCUACAACAAAGCAGGCAGCUUUCUCAUCGAGGAAAAAAAGAAACACUUAUUUGUUAAGUCCAGGGAUCGCAUUUCAGAAAUUGAGAAAAUUGUCGACAUGUCAAACGAUUUGUUUUAUUCCUACCUCAGCAUUUUGCGCGUCCGUGUCCAAUGA